UUUUUUGGGGGAUUUUUUUUAUAUUCUUUAAAAAAUUCCGUGCAUCUUUUUGGGGCAUUUUUUGGGGUAUUUUUGGGGUGUUUUGGGUUGGCUUUGGGAAAAUUUGGGAGGGUUUUUUUGGGAUAUUUUGGGGGAUUUUUAUUUACUCUUUUUUUUGGGUGUUUUCUGGCUAUUUUGGGAUAAUUUUUUUGGUGUUUUUUAAGGUAUUUUGGGGUAUUUUUGUGGAUUCUUUUAAUUUUUUUUUUUAAUUUUCGGCGGUAUUUUUGGUGUGUUUUUGGCGGGUAUUUUUGGGGUGGUUCUCGGGAAUUUUUUUGGGCAUUUUGGGGGGAUUUUUUUUUUGUAUUUUUUUUAACAUUUUGUGCAUUUUUCGGGGCAUUUUUGGGGCAUUUUUGGGGCAUUUUUGGGGUCUCUCGCCCCCUCCCCGCCCCAAUGGGCGCGGCCUCCCCGCGCUGGCCCCGCCCCUUCUGCUGCAGCGCGGCGGCCGAACCCGAACGGUUCCGAAAGAACCCGAAGGGCUCCGAACCUCUCCGAACCGAGGGGGGGGAGACCCCGAGAGGAGCCGAACCCAACCGGGGGGACACGAACCGAACCGGGGGGGGGGCCGAAAGGAGCCGAACCGAGCCCGAACCGAGCCGAACCCAGCCGAAAGGAGCCGAACCGAGCCCGAACCGAGCCGAAGGGAGGCACCAUGGCCACCCCCACCGAGCCGGCCAUGGGAGAGGCGGCGCGGGCACGGGAGCCUUUCCACUACGAUUACGAAUCGCUGCGGCUGGCGGGGCUGAUCCUGAGCAUCGUCAUGUUCGUGCUGGGGGUGCUGAUCGCCCUCAGUAAGAAAUUCAAGUGCAAAAAGGCCGAGCCCAGCGCCCCCGAGGCGGCGAAGAGCCCCGCUCCCGCGGCCUCGGCGUAGCCCCGCCCCCCGGAAUGAAGCCACGCCCACACGGAUCGACCCCGCCCAUCCGGGCUAAGCCCCGCCCCCUGUGCAUGAAAAAAAAAAAAAAACACCCCAAAAAAAUUUGGGGGGAAAUUUUGGGGCACCCCCCCCAACCUGCACGGAGCCAAGGACACCCCAAAAACCCAAAAAAAUCCAAAAAGACCCAAAACCCCCAAAUUUUGGGGCCCCUCCCCCCUUCAAACCCCCCCCAAAACUUGGGAACCCCCCCAAAAUUUGGGGACCCCUCCCCCACUCAGCUCCAGCACUCGUGACCCCCUAAAAAUGUGGGGGGACCCCCCCCCCAAAAAUUGCACUUUCACACCUGGGAGACCCCAAAAAUUUGGGGAACCCCCCCAAAAAAAUGCACUUUGAUGUCGGGGACACCCCCAAAAAAUUGGGGACCCCCCCAAAAAAAAAAAACCACCUGGGGAGCCCCAGAAUCCAGGGGAAUCCCCCCCAAAAAAUUGGGGAACCCAAGAAAUUUGGGGACCCCCCCCAGACCUCCCAAAAUAUUGGGGGGACCCCCCAAAAAUGCACUUUGACCCCAAAAAGGGGGGGGACCCCAAAAAUUGAGGAUCCCCAAAAAUUGGGGACUCUCCAAAAAAUUUUGGGGACCCCAGAAAUGGGGGGGAGAGGGGAGGGGAGGUUUGGAGGUUUUGGGGUCCCCCCCCGGAUUUUUGGGGUCCCCAAAAUUUUGGGGUCCCCGCAGAGAAAUAAAGGAGAGGUUUGGGAACGGCCGCUGGGGGGCGCUGUGUGAGUCUGUGCGAAUUCCCAAAAAAAUGCCCAAAAAUGCCCCAAAGUCCCCAAAAUUCCCCCAAAAUCCCCCCCACAAGCCCAAAGUCCCCCCAAAGAAAUCCCCCCAAAAAAACCCCAAAUUUCCACCAACCCCCCCCAAAAAUUCCACAAAAAAAUCCCAAAAUUCCCCCCCAAAUUCCCCAAAAAUAAAAUAAAAAACCCUCCAAAAAUCUCCAAAAAUUCCCCCCAAAAAAUCCCCCAAAAUCCCCAAAAUUCCAACCCUGGGACCCCAAAAUCCAACCCGGGACCCCCAAAAUCCCAAAAAUUCCUCCCAAAUUCCCGCAAAUCCCCAAAAUUCCCCAAAAUCCCCCCAAAAUCCCCCCCCCCCCCGGAUUCCCGUUGGCCUCGCCCGCUCUGCAAUGACGUCAUGGGGGCGGAGUUUAUGGUGGGGGGGGUCGGGCCGGCGGCGCUGAUUGGUUAACGGAGGGGGGGCGUUGCCGAUCGCUCUGCCGGCGCUGAUUGGCCAGGGCGGGGUAGGCGGGGCCUUGGACGCGGAAGUGGCGAGCGGAAUCCUCCCAGCGCUCCCAGUUUGGCCCCAGCGCUCCCAGUAUCGCUCCCAGCGCUCCCAGUUUGGCCCCAGCGCUUCCCAGUAUCGCUCCCAGCGCUCCCAGUCGUUCCCAGUUCAUCCCAGUCCCGAAGUCUCGCGAGAUUUUCGCGUCAGGAAGCGCAGGAGCCGCGAUGAACCUGGAGCGCGUCUCCAACGAGGAGAAGCUGCAGCUGUGCCGGAAAUACUACCUGGGUGGGUUCCUGCUGCUGCCCUUCCUGUGGCUGGUGAACGUGGUUUGGUUUUUCCGCGAGGCGUUCCUGGCGCCGCCCUUCGGGGAGCAGCCGCGCAUCAAACGCUACGUGCUGCGCUCGGCGCUGGGGGCGGGGCUCUGGGGGCUGGGCCUGGGCGUGUGGGUGGGGCUCUUCCAGACCCGCCGCAGCCAAUGGGGAGCCCUGGGCGACGCCCUCAGCUUCACCCAGCCAAUGGGAGAGCCCUGAGCCCGGCCGCGGCCGGCGGGAGCCAAUGGAAGCGCGGCAAGGUGCGAUGACGUCACCCCCACCCCUCGGGAGCCCCGCCCCUUCUCCCAAAUAAAGCCAUUGACCACGCCCACACCCAAA